AUGUUCUACAACCCGAUAAAUCCCACCCAGGCAAGCUUCAGUAUGCAGGAUUCGUCCGCGGCGGUGGUCCUACCGGGACGGACAAUGUGGUUGAUGUUGGACAUCGCGAGUUUGCCCGCGGACCGCCUCUCCGAGCUUGCGUUCUUCUUUGGAGGUGUUACAGAUGACCGUCUCAUCUUCGGAGCAGCGUCCCGGCGACGACCAAAGAACAAGCCAGCCCCUUCGCCCUCCUCGACAUCCAUGACGCCACCGUUGCGCGGGACCUCCGCCCCAGCUCAACACCACCUCAGACCCGACGGAGCGCAUCGAGAUCAAAGCUACCCUGGUGUGAAAGGAGAGACGUACGACGAGCUGGGAGGUGUGAGCAUUGGGUUCAUAGCACACGCGUUGAGGCCCCAAGCGAACCAGCUCGUGCGCAGCGAAGUCAGUGGAUGGUGCAUCGCGCGCUCGCGCCGGCAGCCGCGUGCUCUCGAUCUCUUUGAAGCGAACGUGCCCGUGUUAAUAGAAGAUUAG